AGGGAAUUGAUCACCCCUAUGCCCUACUCCCUUCGAAUAGUAAAGCUCUUGGUGUAUAAACACUAGAAGGAAAAACGCAAUUGGAUCUCUUACUGUGUCCGUUUAAAAUUCACUUGGCAAAAGGAGCAAUAAAAACAAGGUAAUUUUCUCUUUAUUUGGAGCGACGUUUUGUGUCGUGUACCCUUCCCGAAGGUCCCUUCAGAGGGUGACAUAUACCGUUUAGAACGCACCGAUUACCAUUUCAGGCGGAGGGAGGAACAAGCAUAGGGGCUGUAGCGGGAGGAAUAGAGCGGGCAUAUUAACGAGAAGUGAACAUGUUGGCUUAUCUGUGCUUUCAAAUUGAGGACAGUGCGACAAAAUUCGCUUUUAUUUAGAGGGGUUAGAUGCCAGAGGCGCGUGAUUGACGCAUCUGUACAGAUGGUGGACGCUGUGGUCGCACAGGGGGAAAGAGAGGUUUUGGCGUCAUAAGAUUUGUUGUUAUUAUUAUCAGCGGAUUUGUGCUUAAAACGCUUCGUUUGCUAUUUUCUAUAAAGCGGUGACAGCGAUGAGCGUUUGUCAGGACAAAACGUCUUUGAGUUUUUUGGGAAGCCAGGACAAUUUAAGCAACUGUGAAUGGGGAAGGAUGGAUAAUGCUUGCACGUCGUGCUGUGAUGAACCCACGGGCGAUGCGAUCUGCGGUCGGAUGGAUGCGGUGCAGUCGGGGAUUGACGGCAUUCUUCCCCUGCCCCGAGGGCAACGCGGACUAUCCCAGGAGGGUAUGAUGUUAGGCCUUGUAGAAGAGAGUUAUGCUGGCUAUCAUGACCGUCUCGUUGCUGAUCCGGAGACAGAUUAUCUUGUCAUUCCCGUUGACCCGAACUACAGCAUAAGUGAUGGGAACGUUGCUACGAAAAAGCGCAAUCGCUCAAACAGUUCCCGACACCGUGGUGAGGUUGUCACAGAACUCGGACCCGAAGAGGUGCGUUGGUUCUACAAGGAGGACAAAAGGACCUGGAAACCGUUUGUGGGUCACGAUUCUUUGAAAAUGGAACUGGUUUAUCGCAAAUUUUGCGAACUUAAUCCUAACGAGGUCAUGCUGAAGGAUGCUGGUGAAGAGGCGGAGUAUUUAUUUGAAGAAGUAUUAGGAUGUGAAGCACUGGGUUUUGACAGGCAAACUGCGGCCGUCUCAACGCUGCCAGUACCCGGGAGUUUUGAUGCUGCAUGUUUAAAAGACGAGACUGACUUGGAUUCAGACAGUGUUAACGUGGAGGCAGUAUGCGUACGCGGAGGGCUCUACGAGGUGGACAUUAAAAGGAAGGACUGUUACCCUGUAUACUGGAACCAACAAGACCAUAUCCCGGUCAUGAGAGGCCAGUGGUUUACAGAUGGCACCUGGUUGCCUUUGGAGCAAGAGGAUAGUGACCUCAUUGAACUGGAGCACCUGGAACGCUUCCGAGGACAGCAGAUGAAAGACACGUUUGACACAGAAGUUGUGACUACCACGGUGGACAGCAAGGAUGCCAUUCACAGUCUGAAACUAAGCCGGAGUCAUGUGGACUGGCAAAGUGUGGAUGAAGUGUUCCUUUACAGUGAUGCCACCACCUCCAAGAUAGCACGAACUGUCACACAAAAACUAGGAUUCUCCAAAGCUUCUAGCAGUGGGACCCGUCUUCACAGAGGUUAUGUUGAGGAGGCCGCUCCAGAGGACACGCCCCCUGAAACAACACAUAUAGUCUUCGUGGUGCACGGGAUUGGCCAGAAGAUGGAUCAAGGGCGCAUUAUUCGAAAUACAAGCAUGAUGCGUGAUGCUGCUCGUAAGAUGGAGGAGAAGCACUUUUCUGAUCGCACUAAUGAACAUGUUGAGUUCCUUCCGGUGGAGUGGAGAUCUAAACUGGCCCUUGAUGGAGACACUGUGGACUCCAUUACUCCUGAUAAAGUGAGGGGUCUGAGAGACAUGUUGAACAGCAGUGCAAUGGACAUUAUGUACUACACAAGCCCCUUGUACAGGGAUGAGAUAACACGGGGUCUAACCAAAGAAAUGAACCGACUCUACACGCUCUUCUGUGAGCGCAACCCAGAAUUUGCAGAGAAUGGAAAAGUAUCUAUCGUCUCUCACUCUCUUGGCUGUGUCAUCACCUUUGACAUCAUGACAGGAUGGGACCCUGUACGCUUUGUUUCUGAAGUUGUGCCAGAUUCCAUUGAGACCGAUAUAGGCAGACACAGCUAUGAGCAGCAGCUAUUGGACGAACUUCGACUGGCACGCUUAAGGUUAAGGGAUUUGGAAGAUCAGGUUCAGCAUUUCCAAAGCUCAUUAUCAAAAACCUCCCCAGACCUGAAAUUCAAGGUGGAGAACUUCUUCUGUAUGGGGUCUCCUCUGGCGGUGUUCUUGGCUUUGCGAGGUAUCCGUCCUGGAUCCAACGGAACACAGGACCACAUUAUACCCAAAUCCAUCUGUCAGCGGCUUUUCAACAUUUUCCAUCCCACAGAUCCUGUAGCAUACAGACUGGAGCCCCUCAUUUUAAAGCAUUAUAGUAAUAUAGCACCUGUCCAGAUCCACUGGUACAACACCACCAGCCCCACACGGUAUAAUCAGAUCCGUCCCACUCUACUGAACCAGACAAAGGAAAGUUCAUCUGUGUCCGACACUGAGAGUCUCCCAAGCCCCUGCACCUCCCCCCCACAGCCCCGCAGACACUAUGGCGAGUCUAUUACUAGCCUGGGCAAGGCCAGCAUCAUGGGAGCUGCAAGUAUUGGUAAAGGCAUCGGCGGUAUCUUCUUCUCCCGAUUUUCCCGCUCAAGUGGUCAGGUAGGAGGUGUAGAGGAGGAGCCAUCAGACUCAGAGGGCGGUACAUGUGACAAAGGAAAUGGGAUAACAGGAGAAGAAGCCAAAUCUGUGCCACCUUAUCAGAAAAUAGAAGAGAAGACAGAGGUAAAAUUUGAGGAGAAGCAAGACGAGAAUGCCGCAGACAUCAGCAUAUCACAGUCAGCCUCUGCUAUUAUGGAUUACUCCUCCGUGGAGCUUGAGGAACGUAUCGACUUUGAGUUAAGGGAGGGCUUGGUGGAGAGCCGCUAUUGGUCAGCAGUGACGUCACACACAGCCUAUUGGUGUUCCCACGAUGUGGCUUUGUUUCUUCUAACAUUCAUGUACAAGCCAAAUGAAAUGAAUGAUAUGGCAGAUGAUAACCAUGAAUCUUAACACACACACCUAUAAACUUCCACACGGCACCACUUUUAAUUAAAAUCGAUUCUAAAAUUGUUUAGUUUAGCAGACCUUGUUCACUGUGCAUCAGAGACCCUGUCAUUGCCUUGUUUUUUUAUUAACAUUUUAUUUAAAAAAUGCUUUCCUGUGGCUCAGCGGUUAGAGAAUGGCAUUAGCAAUGCCAAGGUCCUGGGUUCGAUCCCAGGGAUUGCACAUUCUUAGUAGCAAAUGUAUAGUAUAAUGCAAUGUAUUUAAAGCGUCUGCCAAAUGCAUAAAUGUAAAUGUAAUUUAGAAGCACACAUAUUGAAGAGACAAACUCAAUUUCCUCGAACAAAAAUGUUUGCUGACAACUAUCAUACUGGUGACAACUAUCCUACUUUUUGCAGCUUCGACAUUUUGGCAAUUCACUCAAAUUUGAAUUUUAAAAGCUCUUCUUCAGUUCGACGGAAAUUUAUUUUUGAUACAUUUUGUUUUAUUUGCCUGAACACACAAAAUGGUUACUUUUAUUAAUUAGACAUUAUUAGUAUAUGUUUACAUGAAGGAGAUACACAAUCUGUAUUACUCAUUAAAGUGGCCAAAUAUUGAGUUGAUUGUCAACAGAAGUAUUUAAAUAGAAACCUGGUGCAAGAUAUCAUUUGAAGAUAAUCAAUAUAAAUUUACAUUACUAAGGGAACUGCAAUUUCUAUUUCAUUAUUCUAUUUAAUGCAUUAGUUUGUUCUCUACACCCAAAUGAUAGGCACAGGAAUUUAAUGCAUAUUUGAAUGCACUGAAUUACACUAAGAGUACGUUCACACUGCCAACUAAAUCGCUCAUUUUGACCCAGAUCUGUUUACUGCAUGACAGUGUGAACAGGACAAACCACAUGGAAUUCAAUCUUUUUAAAUCUGAUCUGAGCAACUUCCAAAUACGAACCUAAAUCAGAAACGGGUAUGAUGUUUCGCAAUGCGCCCUCAGUCUGAACGGUCAUAUCGGAAUUAAUGCGACUUUUGCAUAAUUGUAGAUCGACCUGGAUCAAAAUUCUGCGCUGAUUUAAAGCUUCACGCGCCAUUCUGUUGACGGAAGUGCACUUUACAGCUUGGUUGCCAAAUAUUAACGUUAAGCAUCAGAUUAUAUACAUAAGCCAUUGCACCAUCUACACCCCAUGAUGCAGGGCAUACAAAUGACUAAAGAAUCCAUUAUAAUAAGACAUUUUGCCACUGGAUAUGGCGCAAUGCAAUAUGAGAAACGCCUUAAUGGUUUCUUCUAUUGUCUUUUAUCGCUUUGCAUGCAGCACUCACAUGCGUGUUGAUGCUAUGGUAAAACAUAAGCUAUAGGUGGGUUUUACUCUAUGCUUGCGCACACCCCGAGAGAGGACUACUCCAGGAAUGCUCUCAAAUCGCGCCACUCCACACAGCAUAUAGUCAAUAAACCCGCUGACUGCUGCGCUACGUGUUAUUGUUCUUUUCACAUGGAAUUCAGUUCAUAACCAUCACAAGUUCACACUGAAAUCUGAUAUUGGACACUUUUUAAAAAUAGUGUGAACAGCCAAACAAAAAAUCAGAUCUGAGCAAAAAUAAAUUCACAACUGAGGCUUGCAGUGUGAACGUAGUCUAAGUUUUGCAUUACCAUGCAUGAAAGAAGUUUCUAAAUCUUUUCCACUGAGGUUAUUAGAAGAAUUGUCUGGAUCUCUUCUUUGGGCGUUCACAUAUGGCAUGUUUGGUUUGAUUACAAUGAAUUCUGGUGUGAUUGCUCUAUUAGGGUGUGUUUACAUAUGCCAUGUUUGGUUCUAUUAAAAUGAACUCUGGUGCGA